CUCUAUUCAUUAAGCAGAGCAGUAGAGACCAGAGAGAGAGAGAGGGAGAGAGCAAAUUUUCGAUUCUAAUGGCGUCGAGAUUGUGGGCUUCAAGGGCUGCUUCUUAUCUCAGGGUCUCUGUACGUCACAGAGGCUUUGCUUCUGUUGUGAAGGAUCUGAAGUAUUCUGACACCCAUGAAUGGGUCAAAGUUGAUGGUACUUCAGCUACAGUAGGAAUAACUGACCAUGCUCAGGACCAUUUAGGCGAUGUUGUAUAUGUUGAAUUGCCUGAAGUGGGGGCCUCUGUAACACAGGGAAAUGGUUUUGGUGCAGUUGAGAGUGUCAAGGCAACUAGUGAUGUUAACUCUCCCGUUUCAGGGAAAGUAAUAGAAGUUAACGAAGAGCUCAACAGUUCCCCAGGUUUGGUUAAUGCGAGCCCAUAUGAAAAUGGGUGGAUCAUAAAGGUGGAGAUCCAGGAUGCUGGUGAAGUGAACACCUUGAUGGACUCAGAGCGCUAUACCAAGUUCUGUGAAGAAGAAGAUGCUGCACACUGAGUGGACCUCGGCAAAUCCCAUUUACUCAAAGUACUCCAGAGGAAGUUUUUUAAUAUCAUUCUUAGUAACUUCCCCACGUAAAGUAGUGGGCUGCCGAAAAACAAUUUCUCUUCUGUAUUUCCAUUUUACCUCAACUGCUACCGUUGUGUCACCUUUGCCCUUUUCUCAUUGAGUGGCGAGUGAGUAGAGACUUCAAUUGGCUGUACCUCUGCUUUGCCUUUCUUUUUCAUUAACCAACAAUUCUUAUCAAUUCCCUGGGUUCUUGCA